UCCUUUCCAAGUUUGCAGCUGAUCUUCCGUCCAGAUGGUCUCGAGUUUGGUCCCUACGACACUGGUGGACACAGUCCCGUCCAUCCAGAAGCUCAUGUCAGUCCUGGCUAAAAACCUGGACGACGAUUCAGACACAACACUGUACUUGGAUCUUGAGGGAAAUAAUCUUUCGCGAAAUGGCAGUGUUGCUUUUCUCACUCUGCUGAUCAACACAAGCUCUUCACUGGAUGCCAUCUACUUAAUCGAUGUGCAUACACUCAAAUCCUCCGCCUUUUGUACCCCUCAAAGUGAUUCUCAAGUUGGUCCUCCUGUAUCCAGAACCCUGAAAGAGAUUCUUGAAAGUCCUGUUAUUCGCAAAGUUCUCUUCGAUGUGCGUAAUGACUCGGACGCGCUGUAUAGUCACUUUGGUAUCAAGUUGCAAUGUGUCAUGGAUUUACAGCUUAUGGAAAAUGGCUCGUCCAUAACCUCGACAAGUGUAUUGCUGAAGAUUCAGGUCUUGAUAUGGACUCAAAGUCGACCUGGAAAGAGAGAAAGGAGAAGGGUAAAAGGAUUUUUGCUCCGGAAUUGGGUUGCAGGCUUGCAAUCUUCAACGAGCGCCCCUUCAACGAAGACUUGAAGGCGUAUUGUGAGCAGGAUGUUCUAUUCCUCCCGACUCUCUACGAGGUGUAUCGAGCAAGAUUUUGUAGUGAUGGGGAAUAUACGAUGGAUUGGUGCCGACAGAUCUGCGAAGAGACGAAGAAUAGAGUUGAGGAAUCAAUGAAGCCGGACUAUCAACCUCAUGGACAGCAGAAGGCUAUUGCACCAAAGUGGAGGUUCAGUACGUCUGAAGCUCAUAUAUGGCGGGAUUGGGUGUGUUGGGGAAGUAGAAAUGAAGAUAUGACAGCGCAAGACUGUGAGGGAUGGGAAGACGAUAUGGUGCAGAAUGGAGAAUUGUAACUCGGAGCCGAUAUUGUUUUGACAAUCUACACUUGAAUAGUCCAU